AUGGAUGGAGACGCAGACGAUGAUGGCCCGCCAAUGUUGGUCGCCGCAGACGGCGGCUCCAAUGCAGUGGAAGCAGGACUUGCCUCUGAGAUGGGCGAUGUGACACUGGCCAAAGUCCCCAUCACUAUCAUAACAGGCUACCUUGGAGCUGGCAAAACAACCUUAUUGAACUACAUUCUCACUGCUCGCCAUGGCAAGAAGAUCGCGGUCAUAUUGAACGAGUUCGGCAACAGUAGUGAUAUUGAAAAGUCUCUCACCAUCAAUCAGGGUGAUGAGAAAGCAGAAGAGUGGCUGGACCUCGCCAAUGGCUGCAUCUGCUGCUCAGUCAAGGACCAGGGUGUCAAUGCAAUCGAAGCCCUCAUGGAGCGGCAAGGAACCUUUGAUUAUAUCCUCCUCGAGACCACUGGCCUAGCAGACCCGGGAAAUAUUGCACCCAUCUUCUGGGUUGACGACGGCCUUGGAAGCACGAUAUACCUCGACGGCAUCGUGACACUCGUAGACGCCAAAAACAUUAUUCGCAGCCUGGACGAGCCCAACGUUGAUGAAGCAGUUCAUAAUGAUGAUGAUCACGGAGACCACAAAGGCCAGCUCUUGUCUACCGCACAUCUCCAGAUCUCUCAUGCAGACGUAAUAAUCAUCAACAAGACCGAUCUUGUCUCCGCCGAGGAGCUGAACGCGGUGAAGGCCCGAGUACGCUCAAUAAACGCACUAGCCAAGUUGCACGUCACAGAUCAUAGCCAGGUUCCGCAGCUGGAAGGCCUUGUCCUCGACCUGCACGCCUAUGACAGCGUCACGGCUGAAAGCCUGGACUUUGCGAGUAAGGGACAUAGCCAUCUUGAUCCUGCAAUCGGGACAUUAAUGCUUACGCUACCUGUCCUCGAGUCUUCCAUGCUGGACGGCCUGGAUAAGUGGCUUCGGAGUGUGCUCUGGGAAAGUCGCAUACCGUAUCGUGAUCCAGAUCCUUCAAAUGUUUGGGAGAUUCAUCGCAUCAWAGGGAGGAUACCCCUUCGCGAUGGUGGUGUGAAGAUACUCCAGGGUGUGCGUGAGAUUUUUGAACUGAUCGAUGGCGACUCGACCGAGUCUCCGACUGGCAAUGGCAAGAUUGUCAUCAUUGGCCGGAGCAUUGGGGGGAAGGAUAACCUCGCAGCGUUUCAAAAGAGUUUGGAUGCCAUCUCGAUAGGGAAAUGGAUGUAG